GUGAUCAAGGAGGCUUUUCAGAGAAAAGACAAAGGCCUGUCGACCAAAUCUACGUCAGCAGAUCUAGUCACAGUAACGGACAGGAAGGUGGAAGACAUGGCGUUCACACUGCUUAGAGAAAAAUUUCCUCAUCAUAGUUUUAUAGGAGAAGAGACGGCUGCAGCUGGAGUGAGGAGUGAACUUACAGACAAUCCAACUUGGAUGAUAGAUCCAAUAGAUGGCACCACUAACUUUGUCCAUGGUUUUCCAUUUGUGUGUAUUUCUAUAGCACUAUGUGUUAAAAAGCAGGUGGAGAUAGGUAUCAUUCACAAUCCAAUUCUAAAUGAGACGUACACAGCAAGAAGGGGUCAAGGAGCUUAUCUUAAUGGAGAGCGGAUACAGACAGGAAGUCAAGAUGAUCUGUCAAAGUCAUUGGUGCUAACAGAAUUUGGUGCUCACAGGGAGGAGGCAUUUUUAUCAUUUAAAUUUAAGAACAUGCGUUCUGUCAUUAAUAAAGCGCAUGGAAUUCGCUGCACGGGUUCUGCGGCCUUGGCGUUGUGCCAGCUGGCAAAGGGAGGUGCAGAUGCUUAUUUUGAAUUUGGAAUCCACUGCUGGGACAUUGCUGCUGGGGACCUGAUAGCCAGAGAGGCCGGGGCUUUCACUAUGGACACACAGGGAGGUCCAGUGGACUUGAUGUCCAGGCGGAUCAUUGGAGCAGCGACAGAGAAGUUGGCCAGGGAGCUGAGCAGUACCAUAGACCACACCGAGCUGGAGAGAGACUGAUUGUGUCUAGAGUCACACCUAACGCAAUCUUAGGAAACUUGAUUGUGCCAAGAGGACAGCUAACACAAUGUUGACUUGUUCCCAUAGAAAAUAAGGCGUUUUUACAUCAAGUGUUCUGUCUUAGUGCUCCACCUUUAUUGUUCCUUUUUGACGAUGAAAAGCUUGAUUGACAGGCUCUUUAGCAUAAAAAGAAUCACCAAAAUGGAGCUCUAGUGCUCAGCAUGGCCAGUUGAAUAAUUUAACAGCAGGAAGCAAAUUUGUGGAGUAGAAAAUGAAUGUGUUAAACAGUACAUGCUCUCUACUUGUAUCUUUUGCCCCAAACAGUAGGUGAAAGUGAGAGAAGUCCCCUUUAGUGUUAUUAUGGUAAGAUCUCUCAAAAGACAAUAUUAAAGAUGGAACACCAAGGUAAAACACUUGGGUGGAAAAGCCUAUGGUGUUGUUGUUGUUGUUUAAUUUGUUUCGUAAUCCCUGUAAUUUGAAUCACCCAAUUAAGAGCUUUCUUAUCUUAGAAUCUAUAUAUAUUAUUAAUGAAUUAUCAAUAUUAUCUAGUAAUUUAUCUGUUCCUUGAUACAUAAGGAUGUGAUAUCAAUUGAAUAUAUUUUUAGAAUCUUUUAGAUUAAAUUAUGAUGUGAAAGUAGUGUUUUAUUGGACAAGAUGUGCCAGAAGAAGUGAUCAUGUUUUUAAUUUAAACUUUAAAUUCUUUUAAAAGAUAUUGGCCUUCCAGUAUUGUAAUAUCUGAGUUUUUAAAAGGAAAAUACAAACUAGCCAAGGUUGAUGUUUUCAUUGAUUUAUGAAGGAUUUUGAUUUUAAGAAAUUUGUUGAAAUUAAGCUAGACUAUUAAAAUGUCUAUCUAUUGAGAUAAAACUUUAAUCAGCAUGGGAAAGUUCUGGUUUUAUUUAUUUGUUUGUAUUCCUAGAAACUUUGUUAUUAUUUAUUUAAAAAAAACACUAGAAUACCUGAGGGGUUCUUUACCAAAAGGAUGGCUUAUAUAUUAUAAGUUAUUUUGAAAUCAGGUAGAUGUGUGUGCAACUUACACAUGGAAUUGUUGCCAGUUGUAGGGUUGGUGCAGGGAAUUCAUGGAAUGUCAUCAGAAUUUUUAAGUACUGUGGUUGUACACAAAAGGAAUAAUUUAAGCUAGUUUUGGUGAUUUUAUUGAUGAAUGUAUAUUUGUUUUAAUUGUUCAGCUCACAAAUGUGUCAAAUUGAUUUUUGUUCUGUUUUUCUUCAGCAGUGGCGAACUGGAUUAUAAUAAAAGAUUACACUGUUUACAAAACACAGGAAAACUUA